AUGGCGAGGGGAGAAUCGGAGGGAGAGAGCUCAGGAAGUGAACGAGAGAGUUCGAGCUCGAGUUCCGGCAACGAAUCGGAGCCGAUAAAGGGGAAAAUCUCGGAAUAUGAGAAGCAGAGGUUGUCAAGGAUCGCUGAGAACAAAGCGAGAUUGGAUGCACUCGGAAUUCCGGCAAUAGCGCUUUCUCUACAGGGCUCUGUUGCAGGAGGCUCUCGUACGAAAAAUACGAGAAGCGAUAAAGAGGCUGCAACUAUGAAGAAGAAAAGACAGGAAGGUGGAAAAGGGUUCAUUACUCGGAGAGAUGUGGCGAAAAUGGCAACGGUGCAUGACUUCACAUGGACAGAAGAGGAAUUACAAGACAUGAUUCGUUCCUUUGACAUGGACAAGGACGGAAAGGUGGGUACUAAGUUGAAGGUAUUCACGUUUAUUAGAGAAACAUUAUUGCUAAACAUCUUUAAUUUUGGGCAGCUAAGCUGCCGAUCGUCUGACGGAACGGGUCGGACAGACCGAUCGUCGGAUGGGAUGGAUCGAGAAAAGUGUUCGAGGAAGCACAAGGAUAAGUGCAUCCGAACACACCCAAGGGUCGCCCAUGGAUGCAAUCUUACCGGUAAAGGGAGAAAGCACCAAGAAUGGGUAAGGAACGUGAUUCACCAUAUAGGAUCAACAUCGCGGCCGCCUUCAUGUAUCUAUCUCCUCAGCCAUGGUGAAACCGAUCAAAGAUCGGUAAGACCAAAGGGUGACUCGAUGGAUAACCAACGGGAAAGUCCACGGUGA